AUGGCCAACUUGUCAACUUCCUGGAUCAAUAGUCUCGCCUAUGCAAAUGGAUCAAUCGCCCAGUUCCAGUUGUUUAUGAAUAGCUCAGUGCUAUUGUCAGACACAUUCACUGCCAUACUUCAUAGAGGAAACUCUCGUCCAGAUUUGUGUGUGGCUUCUAUUGCCUAUCAAAUGGUAGCACCGAGUGCAUCUUUGCUAUUCUUAUCUCCCCAGAAAAAAUUGAUACGUAGAUGGAACCUUGGUAUGGUCAACACAAACACAAGUGGAAAACAUGUUUCAGGCUUAAACUUGACAGAAAUGGGAAACCUGGUGCUUUUUGAUACGAGUAAUGCAACGGUUUGGCAGUCAUUCGAUCACCCUACAGACUCGUUAGUUUUCGGGCAGACGCUGAAUCCCGGACAGACACUGACAGCUAGCGUAUCAACAUAUAAUUCCAGGCGAGGAGGUAUGUACUCACUUGCAGUUGACAAUAGAAGUUUGAUUGCUUACAUAGAGUCCAACCCACCGCAGGUCUAUUUUGAUUCUGAAAAUUACUAUAUCGGGGACACUUUCGUCAAACUCGGGAAAGGAAGGUACAAAUUUAGUCCUGAAAAUACAAUCCAAUUCAUAAAGUUGGAGCCUGAUGGACAUUUAAAGAUGGGCAGUGCAGUUGUUCUCAACAAACCGAUUUCUCGCAAAUUAAUUUUAGACAACCCAAUCUCGGAUGUUCCCUUAACAUACCUAUUUCUUGUGAGUUUUCUCAAUAUCAUAAGCUUGUGGAGCUUAAGGAUAUUGAUUACUUUGUUUUAUAGAUUAGACCUGAGGGAUGAGACGAGUUCAUCAGGUAGUCUUCUUGCAAAAAAAUCAAGGGGAACCCCAUCAUUCAUACUGGGAGCUAGUCUCGGAGCUGUCAUUGGUGUGUUACUUAUGAUGCGAAAAAAUUUGGAUCGAUUACAGCCUGAGGAAGAUAAGCAUUUAUUAAGUCUUUUUCAAAGAAAAGUAAGAGGAGGACAACUUUCAGAUAUGGUUGACAAGUGCAGUGAGGAUAUGCAGUUGCACGGACCUGAGAUUGUGAAGACGAUGAGGCUUGCUGCCUGGUGCUUACAAAGUGAUUUUAAGAGGAGGCCUUCCAUGUCAACUGUGGUUAAGGUCUUGGAGGGUUCUGCGGAUGUUGAAAGCGACUUGGAUUAUAGCUUUGUCGGUCAACAUUUAUCAAGAACAACUGCAACCGUUUAUGAAAAGGAGGACGUUGUUCGUGCUGCUACACCACUUCUGCCAUCAGUUUUAUCUGGACCAAGGUGA